AUGAAUUCCUCGGUUUUUUCUCUCUCUCCUUACCUUUCAGUUUUUGUUAUUGUAUGGUUGCUCUUUAUUCAGAUUCCUUCAUCUGUAAGCAACAAUGGCCUGUUAACUGACUGUAGGAAUAAGUUUGUGUGUGGGAAUAUUUCUGCGGAUUUUCCUUUCUGGGGAACUGGCAGGCCACCUGCCUGUGGCAUUCCUGAAUUGGAGCUCAAGUGUGAGAAUGAUAUCACCAAGGUGAUUAUCGAUGAGGUUAGAUACCGUGUUUUGGACAUCAAUCCGGAUAGGCAAAUUCUCAGGAUUGCAAGAGAGGAUUACUUGGUUGGAUUUUGUCCACCUCAAUUUGCAAACAGCACGUUCAAUCCGAUGGUUUUUGAGACUGUUAAUGGUUACACAAAUCUUACAUUUAUUUAUGGUUGCAUGGCUGCUCCUGGGAAUAUACCUAUUCCUGGAGUAUUCACUUGCAAAAUAAAUCAGGUUAAUGAUCAAACUGGUUAUCUCGAAGUAGGAGCUACUGGUCCUGGGCGGCAAUGUUAUGGUAGUGUCUUUGUGCCAGUUUCUGUAUCAGAUUUCACAUCGUCAUUCGUGAAUAGGCCAGCUUUGGAACAAGACUUGAAAACAGGAUUCGAGGUAAGAUGGAAGGUCGAUAAGGCAGCAUGUGAGGAGUGCACCAAUUCUUCAGGAGUUUGUGGUAUUGAACCUGUUACAAAUCAAACAAUUUGUUACUGUCCAAAUAAAUCUACUGGAUCAAAAACAUGUCUUCCUGUUUUUUCACCCACUGCUUCUCCAGCUAUUCCAGGUAUGAACUCCAGUCAAUUCUUGAUGCUUCACCCAUCAUAG